AUAACCAAACUAACGUGCAUCCAUCAGUAUCUUAGGCGCCUGCGUCUCCUCUCUCGCAAAGGCAGCUGCCAUCGUGCCUCCUGCUUGUCCCCGUGCUGCCCCGGCAUUGCCCGUGCUGGGUCGGUACCACUGCUCCGAGCAGCUGAGGGAACACACGGGGCUUUAACUCAGGAGUACUGUGAGGCAGGGUUUGGGAAGGCGAGCGUUGGUAGGCUGGGGACAUUUGCCAAUGGAGGCUCCUGGAGCCGCAGGGACUUUUCUGAAGAAUCAGUAUUUGAUCACAUGCUUUUUCCUCCCUUUCUCGUCCGUGACCUACUGCUGUUCAGUUUCUUACCUGGGAACACAUACAAUAGGGUUUGGAUCCCUGAUAAUGAAGAAGUUUGGCAGUCUGCAGAAAUCACAGAAAACUACAAAGCUGGAGACCGUUUUCUCCAUGUGCAAUUAGAAGAUGGAACUGAACUGAAUUACCCUGUUGAUCCAGCUGCUUUGCCACCCCUACGAAAUCCUGACAUACUUGUUGGUGAAAAUGAUCUCACUGCACUUAGCUAUCUCCAUGAACCAGCUGUUCUACACAACCUUAAAGUUCGUUUUGUGGAGUCUAAGCUUAUCUACACCUAUAGUGGAAUAAUUUUGGUUGCAGUAAACCCCUAUAAACAGUUGCCAAUAUAUGGAGAUGCUAUUAUCCAUGCAUAUAGUGGGCAGAACAUGGGGGACAUGGAUCCACAUAUAUUUGCUGUGGCAGAAGAAGCAUACAAGCAAAUGGCAAGAAAUAACAAAAAUCAGUCUAUUAUAGUCAGUGGAGAAUCAGGAGCUGGAAAGACUGUGUCUGCGAGAUACACUAUGAGAUACUUUGCCACUGUGAGUAAGUCAAGCAGCAACGCAAAUGUGGAGGAUAAAGUAUUGGCAUCCAAUCCAAUAACUGAGGCUGUCGGUAAUGCAAAAACCACACGGAAUGAUAAUAGCAGUCGAUUUGGAAAAUACACUGAAAUCAGUUUUGAUCAGAGUUACCAAAUCAUUGGAGCUAACAUGAGAACAUACCUGCUUGAGAAAUCCAGAGUUGUCUUUCAGUCAGAGAAUGAGAGAAACUACCACAUAUUUUAUCAGCUGUGUGCAUCUGCUAUGCAACCUGAAUUCAAGCAUCUUAAAUUAGGAAGUGCAGAAGAAUUUAACUACACAAGAAUGGGUGGCAGCACAGUAAUAGAAGGAGUUGAUGACAGAGCAAAUAUGGUGGAGACUCAGAAGACAUUUGCCUUACUGGGUCUGAAGGGGGAUUUUCAGAUGGAUGUUUUUAAAAUGCUGGCAGCAAUUCUACACUUAGGCAACGUGGAAAUAACAGCUGUUGGAGAUGAAAGAUCAGCCAUCAGUCUGGAAGAUAAACAUCUCAAUAUAUUCUGUGAACUUCUGGAUUUAAACUGUGACAAAAUGUCACAAUGGUUGUGCCACCGGAAGAUUAUCACUACCUCAGAGACUGUAAUAAAGCCAAUGACAAGAGCUCAGGCUGUUAAUGCAAGGGAUGCUCUGGCAAAGAAGAUCUAUUCUCAUUUGUUUGACUUUAUUGUGGAAAGAAUUAACCAAGCUCUGCAGUUCCCUGGCAAACAACAUACUUUUAUUGGUGUUUUGGACAUUUAUGGGUUUGAAACAUUUGAUGUGAACAGUUUUGAACAAUUUUGCAUCAAUUAUGCUAAUGAAAAACUGCAGCAGCAAUUUAACCUGCAUGUAUUUAAACUUGAACAAGAAGAAUAUAUGAAGGAAGAUAUCCCAUGGACUUUAAUAGACUUCUAUGACAACCAGCCUGUCAUUGACCUUAUUGAAGCUAAAAUGGGAAUUUUAGAACUUCUGGAUGAAGAGUGCUUGUUACCUCAUGGAACAGAUGACAACUGGCUUCAAAAGCUAUAUAAUAAUUUUGUCAAUAAAAACGCACUCUUUGAAAAGCCAAGGAUGUCAAACACAUCUUUCAUCAUUCAACACUUUGCUGAUAAGGUAGAAUAUAAAUGCGAAGGAUUUCUGGAAAAAAACAGAGAUACAGUACAUGAAAUAUUGAUUGACAUCUUGAAAGAGAGCAAGUUCCGGAGUUCUUUGUCUUUACUUAUGGUGACACUCAAUGCAACCACCCCUCAUUAUGUACGAUGCAUAAAGCCAAAUGAUGAGAAGUUGCCUUUUGAGUUUGAUUCAAAGAGAGUGGCUCAGCAACUUCGAGCAUGUGGUGUUUUGGAAACUAUUCGAAUUAGUGCCCAGAGCUACCCAUCCAGGUGGACUUACAUUGAGUUUUUCAGCCGUUACAGCAUUCUUAUGACACAGCAGGAACUCUCCACAAAUGAUAAGAAGCAGAUUUGCAAGAUUGUUUUGCAGCGGCUAAUCCAGGAUCAUAACCAAUAUCAGUUUGGGAGAACAAAAAUUUUCUUCAGAGCAGGACAGGUUGCUUACUUAGAAAAACUGCGAUCAGAUAAACUGAGACAUGCGUGCAUCACCGUCCAAAAGAGUGUUCGAGGCUGGCUGCAGCGGAAGAAAUUCCUUCGCAUAAAGCAAGCGGCAAUUAUAAUACAGCAGUAUUUCAGGGGGCAGCGGACUGUACGGCAAGCUGUAACUGCAAGAACUCUGAAGCAAACGUGGGCCGCUAUAACUAUUCAGAAAUACUGUCGGGGUUAUCUGGUCCGUAGACUUUGCCAGCUCAUCCAUGUGGCUGCUGUAACAAUCCAAGCUUAUAUAAGAGGAUUUCUAGCAAGAAAAAAAUAUCGGAAGAUGCUUGAAGAACACAAGGCUGUGAUCCUUCAGAAAUAUGCCCGUGCAUGGCUUGCCAGGCGCAGAUUCCAGAAUAUUCGGCGGUUUGUAUUGAAUAUCCAGCUUUCAUACAGAGUUCAGCAGCUGCAGAAAAAGAUAGAAGAACAGAGUAGAGAAAAUCAUGGUUUGCUGGAACGAUUGACCAGUCUGGCUUCAACUCAUAUGAAUGACAUGGAUACAAUUCAGAAACUCGAAUUAGAUCUUGAAAAGUUAACUGCUCAAAAGAGAACAUACGAAGAGAAGGGCAAAAAAUAUAAAGAGGACACUGAACAGAAAAUCUUAAAACUUGAGAAUCAGAAUAAAGAAUUACAAGAACAGAAAGAGACUUUAGAAAUAAAGCUUCAAGAAAAAACUGAGGAAAUGAAAGAAUUGAAGGGCAACCCUGAUCAUAAUGGUUUCUUUGGAGAUAUCCUCAGAAUUCGGUCAGGGCUGGAAGAGCAGCUGAUGGCCAUACCAGUCAGAAUGCCCGUGAAGAUACUUGAGAAGAAUUUCCAAAAUCAGAAGCAGGACUAUGAAAAGGAGAUUGAAUUGCUCAAGGGAGAAAUAAAGAUUCUGGAAGAAGAAAAAACUCAGCUACGACAUCAAAUUCAGCAAGAAAUUGUCAUUCAGGAUGGCUUGAAAAUGGAAGUAGGACAACUUACAAAACAAGCACAGAAAAUACCUGAGUUGCAAAAGGAAAUUGAACUGCUGCAGACACAAAAACUGGAUGUUGAAAAGCAGUCCCAGUCACAGAAACGAGAAUUGAGGGAAAAAAUGUCAGAAGUUACAAAACAGCUUCUUGAAAGUUAUGAUUUUGAAGAUGUAAGAAGCAGACUCUCUACGGAGGAUUUGGAACACUUAAAUGAGGAUGGAGAACUGUGGUUUGCUUAUGAGGGCUUGAAAAAGGCUACAAGAGUAUUGGAAAGUCAUUUCCAGUCUCAGAAAGAAAUAUAUGAAAAGGAGAUUGAAGGUUUGAACUUUAAAGUUGAACAUCUUAGCCAAGAUAUUAAUCAUCUACAAAAAUUGUUUCGAGAGGAAAAUGACAUAAAUGAUGGUAUUCGACUUGAAGUUAGCAGGCUAACUUCAGAAAACCUGGUGAUCCCAGAUCUUAAACAGCAAGUUUCUGAACUUGAAAAUCAAAAAUUAGAUCUUGAAAACCGUCUUCAAGAACAGACUGUGAAGUUGAAAGGUAAAGUACCAGUAUGGUUCCUAGUCUUACAGUUGUUUAAGAUGAAUGUGAUGAAUUCUCUAACAAGUGAGGCCCAGAAUGAAAGAGACAUAAAAGAAAAAGAGAGACUGAAAGUCAUAACCCAAGAAAUUAAAGGGCUGAGCAAUGGUCUGAUGCAAGAUGAAAUCCAGGACGAAGUAAAAAGCAAGAUUAAGCAAGAAACAACUCGACUUACUGUGGAAAAAAUGGAUCUUGAAGAAAAACUAGACAUGAAAGACAGAAUAAUAAAAAAAUUGGAGGAUCAGAUCAAAACUCUUACCAAGGCUAUUGAAAAAUCUGAAGCUCAUGUGCCAACUUUGUCCAAAGAGUACAUUGGAAUGAUGGAGUACAAAAAAGAGGACGAAGAAAGGAUAAUUCAAAAUCUGAUCCUUGAUUUAAAGCCACGUGGAGUUGUAGUUAAUAUGAUACCUGGCCUUCCAGCUCACAUCCUAUUCAUGUGUGUGAGGUAUGCAGAUUAUCUAAAUGAUGCUGACAUGCUGAAAUCUUUCAUGAAUGUAACCAUUGAUGGUAUCAAACAAGUUGUUCAGGAACAUUCAGAAGACUUUGAGAUGUUGUCCUUUUGGCUUUCUAAUACAUAUUAUUUUCUUAACUGUCUGAAGCAGUACAGCGGGGAAGAGGAAUUUAUGAAGUGUAACACUCCACGUCAGAAUAACAACUGUUUGAAGCAUUUUGAUCUCUCAGAAUACAGACAAAUUCUUAGUGAUUUGGCCAUUCGUAUCUAUCACCAGUUCAUUAUUGUAAUGGAGAACAGCAUUCAGCCCAUGAUCGUACCGGGCAUGCUGGAAUAUGAAAGUCUUCAGGGAAUUUCUGGCUUGAAACCUACAGGGUUCCGUAAACGUUCUUCUAGUAUAGACGACACGGAUACCUACACAAUGACCUCUAUCCUGCAACAGCUCAGCUAUUUUUAUAGUACUAUGUGCCAGAAUGGCUUGGACUCUGAGCUUCUAAAGCAGGCAGUGAAGCAACUUUUCUUUCUGAUUGGCUCUAUCACCCUCAAUAGUCUCUUCCUCCGCAAGGACAUGUGCUCUUGUAGAAAAGGAAUGCAGAUAAGAUGUAAUAUCAGCUACUUGGAAGAAUGGCUUAAGGACAAGAAUCUUCAAAGCAGCAAUGCCAAAGAAACUUUGGAGCCUCUAUCUCAAGCAGCCUGGCUCCUUCAGGUCAAAAAGAUCACAGAUGAUGACGCCAAGGAAAUAUGUGAACACUGCACAUCUCUUUCUACUGUGCAGAUAGUUAAGAUCCUCAACUCAUACACUCCGAUAGAUGAUUUUGAGAAAAGAGUGACUCCAUCAUUUGUUCGUAAAGUCCAGGCUAUGCUAAACAAUCGUGAGGAUGUUCCACAGUUGAUGCUCGAUACCAAAUAUCUCUUUCAAGUGACGUUUCCUUUCACCCCCUCUCCAUAUGCCUUGGAAACGAUACAAGUCCCCAGCAGCUUCAAACUUGGCUUUCUCACACGGGUUUAA